AUCCACUACUACAACAAUUUUAAUCAUUUCUAUUAACAAAGUAUAGUUAAUAUGGCCUUAUCAACUUAACUUCUCUUUUGUCUUUUUACCAAUUAAUAUCAUUGGUAUAAAAAGACUCCAUUUGUUUUCAUCUUCUUUAAUUUUCAAAUGAAAGUUUUAGUUGACUACUAAUUGUUACAUACAUAACGCAAGUAGUGUACACUUAUCCGUCAGGAUGGAGAGCGAGCAUGGGGGCGUGGUGGUCAAGGGAAGGGCAAUCAUCGAUACACGGCCACCUUUCCGAUCAGUUAAAGAAGCAGUCGCGUUGUUUGGGGAGAGGGUGCUAGUCGGGGAGAUUUAUGCCAAGCAACUCAAAGAGAUACAACAAGUGCCCAAGAAGGAAGAUUUGGAGAAAGAAAAGGUAGAAAUUGUAUCGGCUGAAUUAGAAGAAACCAAGCAAAGUCUACAAAAAGCAAGAGAAGAAGGCAAUUACAUGGCAAACUGCCUAAAAUCACUUAAACAACAACUUGAAGAAACAAAGAGAGAGCUUCAUACUUUGAAAGCUGCUAAAGAAGUCGUGAAAGAUCAUCAUCAUCAUACAAAAGCAAUGAAUCCGGAGAUUGAAGAGCUUAAAUUUGUUGAGACUAAUGCAAAAAAUAAUCAUUUUGAUAAUAAUAAUCGCCGUAUUAGUUAUGAUCAUCAACAAGAAUUAUUUCAAAAGAAAAAGUUUGUAACGUUUGCAAGUCCACCCUCUUUAACUAGAGAAAUCAAGCAAAAUGAUGAAAGAACAAGCAAGUUGGGAAGAUCUUCUUCUUUUAGGAAGGAUGGAAAGAAAAAGCCGGGUGUUGCAAUUAUGGGAUGGCUUUUUUCUAGGAAGAAAACAAGUGAUGAAGGUGAUAUCGAACGUUCUCCUAAAGUUUGAAUUGAAUAUGUGUUACCGAGCUAUCUCAGUCUACAUUUUGAACUUGCAUUAUUAGUUAAAAUUACACCAUCAACGUAAUAGUUGAUUUAGGCACGCAAUGAAAUGAAUAAUUGUAAAUUCAAUCAAGAUUGAAGGAUGAAGAAAAAUAGUACAGUGUAACGCAUACGUACUAGGUACAUAUAUAUCUUUGAUUGCUAUAUCCAUUUUGGUUUUCCCAAUUUUGUUUAUUACUUCGUGAGUUCGUGCUACUUUUUUUUUUUUUUGAAACCAAUCGUGCUAUACACCAUAUACCAAUAUGAUUGGACAUUACUUCAUUAUUCUAUGUUCCAAUUUCUAAAGAGUAUUUAUUUUUAUAUCGAUAAAUUAUAUUCUUUCUUCUCCAAUCAAUUAUGGAGUAUUAAAGUAUCAAAGCAGAUUAGCUAAAUGGUCUAAAUGAGUUGUUUUUUUAAAAACAAAAAAAAAAAUUGUUAAAAGCAUAGGCAUGAAAAUAGAAAAAUGGAGAAAGUUGCAAUGGUAAGUUUGUAACCAUGGGACAAACUAAAGGUG